AUGAAGGAGUAUGAAAACUCAGGUCAUAUGCAAGAGGUAAACAACAGUGAACCAGUAACCAAAAACCUUUUUUAUUUACCUCAAAACCCAGUUGUAAAAUUGUCAAGUUUAACAACGAAGUUACGAGUCGUUUUUGAUGGGUCGGCCAAAAGUUCAACUGGAGUCUCAAUUAAUAAUGUCCUUAUGCGUGGGCCCACAGUACAAGAAGAACUAUUCAGCAUAUUGAUACGAUUUCGAACGCAUCAGUAUGUUAUAACUGCUGAUGUAGAGAAGAUGUUUCGGCAAGUGGGAGUAUCCAAGGAAGAUCAAGACUUGCAGCGUAUAGUAUGGCGGGAGAGACCAAGCGAGGUACUUCGCAUCUAUAGACUAGCAACAGUCACUUAUGGUACUACUUCAGCAUCCUUUAUGGCGACUCAGUGUGUCGCAUCGCUGGCUGAAGCAGAAAAGCUAAGAUUUCCUAAGGCAGUGAAGGCAAUUCGUAGGGAUUUCUAUAUGGACGACCUUAUGACUGGAGCUGAGACUAUAGAUGAAUGCAAGAUGUUACAGUCGCAAAUCAGCAUGUUUUUAGAGUCAGCCAAACUACCGCUCAGAAAAUGGUGCUUAAUUCAGCCGAGAUACUCAAAAGCAUAG